AACUGAACGUCGUCUGAGGCAAGAUGCGUAAGCACUAAUUUUUAUGUGUGCUCGCUCUGUUGGCCGUUUAAUUGCCGCGGCUCGCGCUAAGUGUUCCUUAGAAAAACAAUGCGCGGCGUUCAAUCAGGCACAUGUCGUCCUGUCGCAUGACUCCUUGUCGAAACAGGAGGCGCCCCGGAUGUCCUUUAGUCUGAUUAUCGGCCACGCAACGCCGAUGCCGAUGCCGAUGCCGGUGCUGAUGCUGAUGCGCUGCGGUUAUGCCAAUUAACGCGGUAUAAGAGGCAGCCCUUCCCAGUAGAGGACAUCACAUUCGCUUUACACUCCGAAGGAAGCACAUCACAUCUCCAAACGGAAACAUUCAACAUGCAGAUGGUUAAUGCUAUUAUACUGCUGCUGACCAUUCAGCAAAGCUGCCUAGCGUUGUACAUCAAGAAAGUGGAGAAGAGUCCUGCCAAAGCGCCAGCCAAAGACGACUGGGGAGUCUUCAAGAACACACUGGGACUAAGCCAAGAAAAAGUUGAACUACUCAAAUCGCAAAAGGACCAACAGGGCACCAAGGAGUUGCUCAAUCGUUUUAUUUUGGAAAAUCCCAAAGCCUUACCGCAGGUCAAGAAGCAACCCGAUCAGUUUUUGGCACUCUAUCGAUCCAUUUUGAAGAAACUGACAGCUUCCAAGCGCAUGCUGAAGACCUCUCUUAACUUCGAACUGGCCGACAACAGGCCUCAUAAGGCCCUGAAAAGACCACGUCGCAAGAUCGCCGUGAAGAUGGUCUCCGACAUGCCAUCCUGGAAAAUAGAGAGCCUUUUGAACUCCUUCUAUCUGAAGCACGGAAUUCCGAGGAACACCGAGGAGCAUGACUAUCCCGAUUUGGAUAUGCCCCGGGACACCGACUACGACUCUGACAAUUUCUAUGACGACGAAGGCGAUGUCGGACUGACUGCCAAGACCAGGCAAAAUACCGAAUACGGAUCCUUUCAGGAUCUGAUUAUGCAGGCCAAGAUGAACGAGUGGGAGCGCGAGGAGGAGGAAACCAAAUUGCACGGCUCAGACAAUGAUGACUUCAUUUAAAUUGAAACAUCCAUUGAGUUAUCCUCACGUAACUGAUAGUGGGCUGUGCAAUAGGGGGUUCAAAUGCUGGCAUUGGACUUAUCUUUCGUUUAAAGUAGUUAAUUUUGCCAAACAAUAUUGAGCA